CCGUGAUCGACAGACAACUACCAUGCCCACAGAUAAAGACGUACUUGAUUUCAUCAAUUCCCUUCCGGAUUCCAAACCAUCUACCCCACAGCCUGUGUCAGGGCGUGGCAGCUCUGAGGUGAAGGAGUCCAAAGCCGACGAUCUCUUAGAUUUCUUGGAUGAAUUGGCCCAACAUGAGACAACAAAGCGCCCAGCAAGCAGAACUAAGUUGGAACCAAAGAAAGAUAUUGAGCCCAAGAAACUGGCUGCCGCUCCUACUACCAUCUCUUCGUCAAUUCCACUUCCUCCCACCGUCGAAGAAGCCAAAGAAAGCACUACUGAAGCAACAACCGCCACGUCGUCAGACACAACCAUGACCGAUGAAGCCGACACCGAACCUAAUGCCCAGGCCGAACUCGAAAUUGAUCCAAUUGGCCAAAUUUCCAGUUGGUGGAGUAAGGAAGGGUCAACAAAGGUUAGUUCAUUAUGGGGCACAAUCACAUCCAAUGCUGAAAAGUUGUCGGAACAGACCUACCAGUUGGCCCUGGCCACCACCAACCAAUUGAGUCAACAGAGACAACACUUGGAAGGAAACGAACAACUUAGCAAAUUGAGUGACCGGUUGAAUUCUCUCGUGGUUAAUGUGAGUAACCAAAUUAAACAAGGAUUAUUGGAGGAUGUUGAUGAGAUAUUGAAUGUGAUGAUUGUGUGUGAUUUAUAUAAUUUGAAUUACUUAAAUCGAUUGGUAUCUGAGAAUUUCCAACUGGUUAUGAACCAGGUCGAAGGUGGGAUCAAUGUUAGUGUCGUUCAGUUCAACCAACAUCACGAUGAACAAGAGACCAACGGAGUCAAAUUGAAUAUGUUUUAUGGGAAAGUGAUCGAUGGUGAAAAAUUAUGUUUUGCAAAUUUAGAAUCCGCCGCCAGAGAUUUCCAAAAGAUCGAACCAUCACCCGAAGAGAAGCAACAACAAGAGGAAGAAUUAAUCAACAAAUCAAACAUAUUCAUCUCCAUCCAACCAAUCACCACUAGUAAACCCGACAGGGAAAAUGAACCUGCGGAAGAUGACGAUAAGCCUGUGCUUAUUGAAUCGUCAAAUGCCAACUCAUUCUCGUUCACAAUUGUCCUCAAGGAUAUAACCAAUGGUAUCACCAUCAUCACCAAAACCCAGCCAUUCCCAUUAAGAUGGGCCGCUUGGUUAGAUGGAGAAGAAUUGAAUGUAGUGAACGAUCAAGAAUCAUUGACUGAUUCCGUUGAUCCUCGAGAAUGGGUUAAGGAUUGGAUUAAGCAGGGAUUGAACUUGAGUUUAGGGGUUGUUGCUCAAGAAUAUGUCAUCAAGAGGAUGGGUGUAUAGUGUAUAGCAAUUUGGUUUAACGAAUAUAAUGUACAAUUGUUUAAUUUAUAAAUCAUAUUAU